AAAACAGAGCCAAAUAUUUGAGGAGAGAGAGAGAGAGAGAGAGAGAGAGAGAGAGAGAGAGAGAGAGAUUUUGUUUUGUUGCCUUGUGUGAGAGAGAGAGAGACAUUCAAAUCCGUUUGUCUGGAAAGUCACAAGGGAGAAGAAGAUUGAGAGAGAGGGGCUAAAGCUGGUGCUCGAGGAUCUUUGUCGGAUCAGACAAGAUUUGUAAGAAAACUGGAAUGGGAAGGGAAGUCAUUCCGACCAGCGCUAGGGUUCAUGUAGCUCCCAAGAUUGCUGCAGAGAAGCCUGAGGAAGACAACGAGAACAUCCACGAAACCCUAAACGUCGAAAGCGAGAGAUCGUUGCCUCAUAAAUCGGAUAAACCCUUCGAAGUUGCCACAAAGGAUCUGAAGAACGAUUCUCCUCUCACAGCGAGGAAGCCAUUGCAGCCUGAGAACAAGAAUCAUGCUGAUGAAGAAGACAACUGUUCUGUUGCUUCUUCAACCAUAUCCUCGAGGAUGAGUAAGUCCAGAACUGUAACAUAUGGAUGUGCCCCAACGUUUAGAAGUGCAGAACGUGCCGAGAAACGCAGGGAGUACUACCAGAAGCUUGAAGAGAAACAGCAAGCCCUUGAAGCCGAGAAGAGCGAACUCGAAAAAAGACAAAAGGACGAGCAAGAAGCGGUGAUUAAACAGCUAAGGAAAAGCCUCGUUUUCAAAGCGAAUCCCGUCCCGAACUUCUACUACGAGAAACCUACCCCAAAACCCGAGCUGAAGAAGGCUCCGUUGACGCGUCCUAAGUCCCCGAAACUCAUCCUCUCUCGAAGAAAGAGCUUCAGCGACACGAUGAACUCAUCUUCCCGCAACGAAAACGGGAAGAACCGUCACAGCAUUUCUACGUUCCGAGAUGAGGAAGAUUCCAAGAACAAGAACACUGAAUCAAGAACCGAAACGUCUGUUAUCGGUACCGAUGCUCGUGAACUAGCUCGGAAUGGGUCCCGUGGUGAGGCUGUGAAGGCGAAAAACGGGCUAAAACGUGUGAACGAGAACAGGGAAGAAGAUGCUUCCUUUGAUGCAGGGGAGGCUUGAGGCCUGUUCUUGGCCUCUGUUCUAAGACCAAACUUGAUGUACCGGAGAAAACCGAACCCGGUUAUCGGUUUUGUCCGGUUUGGUACCACAAACAGUCGCUUAUUUUGUAUUUUUUUGGGUUUCGGCUUUGAUUUCACUUUGAAUUUGUGUUGAACUCCUAAUGCGGGAACUGUAUAUUUUGGGAUUUAACUUUUAAAGAUUUUCAAUUAA